GCCUGACCCCGCUGAUACCGAAGUUGACACACUAUUUAAUGAAAUAUUGCCAAAAAAAACAAGUGCGUGGGAUGGACUCCACAUAUGACAACGACUGCAUAGAAAUAAAUGUUGAGGAUUUCGAUAAUACACUUGAGCUACAAAAUAAGACAAUAAAGGAAGAUCAAAUGAUGGAAGAAGAAAUUGAUUUUGAACCUUGGGAACACUAUACACCAAUGCAAUUGAAAACGCCAAAAAACAGGAAGUUGUGCCCUGAAAGUGUAAAUAAAAAACAUACAAGCUGGGCUAAAUUAGCAGAUAUAAAGAAGAUGAAAGAAGAAAUUGAGUUUACGAAAAUCGAACACACGUUACGUGUACAGCAAAUGAAAGAAGCACAUGAACUACAACAAAAAUUUAUCAUUGAGAAGCAUGUCCUUGAAAUGCGGAUACUGGAGGAUCAAUUAAAACCAAAGUGA